CACUCAUACAAACACCUUGAUAUAGGGGAGAACACAAUAUCAGUGCCCCCUACGUCUAGGUAAAAAUCAUGCCUCGUAUUCGAGUACCUCCAUUCCGCAUCCGAGCCGAACUCGUAGGACCAGAGAGAAGUCCUCAACGAGAUCGACUCCUCAAAGUCGUCAAGGAUAUCGAGAUCAACCCACGAAUUUCUGACUUGCUCAAGACGCCGACAUGGUCAGUCUCGUCGUUGAUGCCGCCUCCAGCCUCGACUCACCAGGAAGCCCAAGGAGAUGCUUCGGAAAUCUCGCGCGAGAAACUACACCACCUCCUCCGUCUUUCCGCGCUCCCUCUCCCGAAAACCGAACAGGAAGAGUCGAGCAUGUUGGACACGCUCCGGCAACAGGUCCACUUCGUCAAGGAGAUUCAAAAGGUCGACACGACCGGGGUAGAGCCGCUGGUGGCCUUGCGGGACGAGACGGCCGAGGCGAGGUCCGAGCGACAAUUCACCAAGGAAUCACUCAGGGAGUUCCUGGAUCUCGAGAUGAAACGGGGAAAGAAUGGAACGAUUCGACGAGACAAACAGGUAGAGCCUCGUCGGGACAUCCUGACGAAACCGAGGGUGUUCCAGGCGGAGCACACGGACGAUCGACUCGAGGAUCCAUUCGACCUCGGCGACGACCCUGCGCGGCACCAGUCGGAUAAAAAGCGAGGCCAGUACUUCGUGGUCAGGAGGAGGAGGAGCUCCAAGGAUGCCACACAAGAAGGUUGA